AGGAGCCCGAUGCAGGGCUCAAUCCCAGGACCCUGAGAUCAUGACCUGAGCCAAAGGCAGAUGCUUAACUGACUGAGCCACCCAGGCAUCCCGUGGACUUUUUUUUUGAACUAUUUUUUUCCCAAGGCUAUUUUCCCUAGAGAAGUGUGUCAGCAAGUGACAGGGAACAGGAAGAGGGCAGGGAGGAGGCUGAGGAUGGAACAAGGAGCAGGGGUGCGGGGGCAGAAACCCAGUGAAAGAAAUGUGAUCUAUCUUUCUCUCCAAGGUUGCCAAGCCUUGGGAUUCAACCCCUUCCACCUCUGCCUGUCCCCCCGUCUCCCUGUUCUCUUAGUUCCUAUCUUCCCCUUCCUUUUUCUUCUUCUGUUUUCAGAAAGACUCAGAGCAUCCUUAUGGUAGAGAAAAAAAACCACCUUGACCCCACAGCCGCCACGCCCCUGUGCACCCUGAGCUCACAUUCAUGGUCAGCUGACCGGACUUGGUACCUGCCUGUCUGCAGCACGGUGCCCCUUUAAAUCUCAUCCUCCUCUGUUCUUCUGGCAGGCUGUCUGAAUGACUCGUUUCCACCGGCCAGCCCUUCACACUGUGCAGUCGCGCUUCUGCUCCCAGUCACUCUUUUGCUCCCAGUCACCCUUCUAUUCAGAGUAAAAAAUACUGCAGUUCCCAGUGGACCAGAGGCUCUUAAUUGUCAGAUCCUGGCAUUUGAUGUGGCUUGGGCUUUCUCUCCUUUGAUGGAAUGUGUGCCCCUCAUUGCACCUGAUUGUAUCUUUCCUUGUUAGGGCUGUGCACGUCCCCGCCUGACCCCUUUGUCCCCAGAGCCCCCUCCUGGUGCCAGCCCCCAUGUCGUCUGCGUCUUCACCCUCAUAGCCACCUCAGCGCUGGUUCCCUCUGAGGCUCUGGCUGUCCCCUGAAACUCCCAGAAAGCAAGCCGAUUCUUCCCCCAAAACCAGCCAUCCUUUUCUCCUCUGUGUCUCCUGGAUGCCACUCCCUCCAAACUGUGGCUUGACUUUGGAGCCCUCUUGUUGUUCCCUUCCCGUACCCUGUAGCCAGGGUCUGUCCUUUCUGCCCUCUGCUGAGCCUUCUGCUCCACCCACAGCCGUCUCCCCUGCUCUGGGACCUUGUCACCUUGGGCAAGAGCUAUGGAAUCAAAUGUAAAUUCUAAGACUUAAGAUCCCUGGUCUUUUCUCAGCCCUUCUUCCCUGGUCUGUUUCAUUCAGACCCCCCAGCUCCCCUCCUCGAAACCAACAGUGAACACUUAAUCUCCCGAGUUGCUCUAGCAUCUGUGGUCAUGCCUGAAGUCACAAACAGCCGUAUCUCAUUUUUCAAAAAAUUUUGCCAUCAUUUAAACACCAGACGCCUUCACAUAACAAUCUAAUUUCUGGCUUCUCUUGGAAGUCCUGGAAGUCUGGCAGGAGCCUGCCUUUCAGCGGACCCCAUGCCCCCAGCCUGACUCAGCACCUCGGGGGCCUCCCUGGCCCCAGUGGGCACCAGCAUCUGUAACCCUGAUCUGUACCAUUUUCUGGCCAUGACUUAGCAAACAUGUCUUGUCUUGUUAAUGACUGUUGUAUGUUUACAUGUAUGUCUUGUCUUUUCUUCCCAGUUAGAAGGGUGGGGAGUCUCUGUAAACUUGGGGUGCUGCUGCAGGCCCCGGCACUUAGCAGGUCCGUUGUUGGGGAUGCCAACACCCUUUGGGUGAUUUGGCUCAGCAGUUGUCUAGAUGACUGGUUCUCACGUCUGCCCUCUACCAAUGUUACACCAAAGUUGGUGGGGGGCACGCUGUAGAGUGUUUCCAAGAAAGUUCCAGUAGGGGUUUGGAGAAUGCCCAGCUCUUGCCACCAUGGAGUCAGACAUGUGGUGGAUGUGAUGGCAGGUGCCAUUUGCAGAACUCCCCUGGGGAUUCUGAUGUACCGCCCCCCACCCCCAGGGGACGAGUCUCAUGGCCAUUUUCUGCUUGUGUUGAGAAUCAUUUAGAUAAAAGGGACAAAGUAUGCAGGGGAAGGACUGGCCUCAGGGAAGGGCCAGGACCCCAGAUGCUCUUGCUACUAAGAAUUACACAGGCUGGGUCAGGGUCAGGGCCAGAGGUGAGGAGGGUGCCCGCCUCCCUUGCCCUCACCCCUCUUCAACCUGGAGCCCACUUGCUCUUUCCAUCUAUUUUAACCUUGUACAAGCUCUUGGGCCCAUAGACCUGGGGGGGGUUCCCUCUUCUUCCUUCCCCUGUGUGCAGAUCACGUGUUGGGGCCUGUCCCUGCUCUUCCGUGUAGCCAAGUGUGAAGGGUCACAUGAGAGUCCUUCUGCCUGCUUUGAACCCAAGGUUCGAACAGCAAAGUGGCUGCACAAUGUUAACCCCAUUAACGGUGCCGAAAAGGACGUGAACUCUUCCCGUCACUGGAAAGAACUAAGUGUUGCUCAGCAGAGUAGCUUCCAUGGACCAGUUUCCCCUCUUCUGUGUCCGUGUGCGUCUCAGGCAGCACGAGAUCUGUAUGGACCCACCGGCGGGCCAAACCCAACCAAACACUUCUCGUUCUAACGGAAUUCGUCCAUUCGCGAGACUCUCAUUUCCGUUUCACCGCUCUAUUGUGCGUCCUCCUGCUAAGCGACCUCCCAUCUCUUGUGGAAUAAAGCAGAGUGUGCGACCCCAAAGUAAUAUAAAUGACUGCUUUCCUGCUCGCACUGGCUUCAGCCUCAGCUGCUUGGGGGCUGCGGAUACGGUGUGGUAUCCUACUCGGAAUGUCCGGGACCGGGCUGGGGUGGCAGCAUUCGGAAGCACUGCAUGUCCCGGAGACAUUGCAUUUAAUAUGAGUUCACAUCGGCCAUCUUCCGGUUUUGUGUGAUGACGCCUGGCUUGUGUUUAAAAUCUUAAGAAGUUAUUUCCUCUUUCACAUUAAAGGAGUCCAGUUCUUGUCCUGGAGAUUAAAGGCCAGUGCCGCUUUGCAUGGCGAGAGUAAAUUUCCUUCCAGUGAAAUCAGUGUGCUCAGACGAGUCCUCAGGUUAGCGCCAGGCAGCCCACCUGUCCCAUGCAGGAGCCCUGUCGCGCCUUCUGCUGGGCAGCUCACCCUGGAGGGCGUUCAGGCCUCUGUUCCGCAAAUAAGUGGGCGGAAAAGCCAGCCUUUGGGACGCCUUUGGAAGAACACCUAAAGCGGAGCGGCCGUGAGAUCGCCCUGCCCAUGGAAGCCUGCGUCAUGCUGCUCCUGGAGACGGGCAUGAAGGAGGAGGGCCUUUUCCGAAUUGGGGCUGGGGCCUCCAAGUUAAAGAAACUGAAAGCUGCUUUAGACUGUUCUACUUCCCACCUGGAUGAGUUCUACUCUGACCCCCACGCUGUCGCAGGUGCUUUAAAGUCCUAUUUACGGGAACUGCCUGAACCUUUGAUGACUUUUAAUCUGUAUGAAGAAUGGACACAAGUUGCAAGAGUGCAGGAUCAAGACAAAAAACUUCAGGAUUUAUGGAGAACAUGCCAAAAGUUGCCACCACAAAAUUUUGUUAACUUUAGGUAUUUAAUCAAGUUCCUUGCAAAGCUUGCUCAGACCAGCGAUGUCAAUAAAAUGACUCCCAGCAACAUUGUGAUUGUGUUAGGCCCGAACUUCUUAUGGGCCAAAACUGAGGGAACCCUGGCUGAAAUGGCAGCAGCCACCUCUGUCCACGUAGCUGCAGUCAUCGAGCCCAUCAUUCAGCACGCAGACUGCUUCUUCCCUGAAGAGGUGGAAUUCAACGUAUCAGAAGCAUUCGUGCCUCUCGUCACCCCAAAUCCCAAUCACUCAUCUCACACUGGAAAUGACUCUGACUCGGGGACCCUCGAGAGGAAGCGGCCUGCCAGCAUGGCGGUCAUGGAAGAGGACUUGGUGAAGAAGGAGAGCUUUGGUGUGAAGCUUAUGGACUUCCAGGCCCACCGGCAGGGUGGCACUCUAACUAAAAAGCACAUAUCCCCAGCUUUCCAGCCACCACUCCCGCCCACAGAUGGCAGCACCUUGGCUCCUGCAGGCCCAGAGCCCUCUCCCCAGAGCUCUAGGGCUGAAAGCAGCGCAGGGGGUGGGACGGUCCCCUCCUCUACGGGCAUACUGGAGCAGGGGCCAAGCCCGGGCGACAGUCCUCCAAGACCCAAGGACACCACACCUGCCCCUGCCCCAGGGAGAAACAGCAGUCAGAUGGCCACCAGCCAGAACCAGGCCCCCAUGGCGGCCGGCUCCCAUCAGCUCUCCGUCGGCCCGGGGCACAAUUCUGCCGGCCCUAGCCCGCAUGCACGCUGUUAAAAAACCUGCUCCUGCACCCCCAAAACCGGGAAACCCCCCUCCUGGCCAUCCCGGGGGUCAGAGUUCUCCAGGAACAUCUCAGCAUCCACCCAGUCUGUCACCAAAGCCAGCCACCCGAAGCCCUUCUCCUCCCACCC